AUGGCCAGUGGUACAUACCCAUGCACUUUUGACAACUCUUCCCAAUUAUACAGCAAUUAUAAUCUUAUCCUUGAUGGAAUUAAUGUGACGAUUGGACCAGCACCAGAUGCCAAGGGCGAUGUCCUAAUUGACAUUGGCGAAGAACUCGGUCAAUUCAUCUACAUCCCCGACUACUUUGAGAUUACCUACUCACCUCCCACCAGAGUGAUCGUCAACAACCUCAUCUUGGCCAAUGGUUUCGGCUCUGUCUUGUAUUCUGGUUCCAACAAUGCCAUUAUUGUGAUGAACAAUGUCACCGUCACCAACUUUACGAUGAACCUUAUCUCACUAUUUCAGGUUGACGACAGUAUUGGCAGAGGUCUUUCCUCACUGGUGUUGAAUGGAUGUUUGAUCACCAACUCCACAUACAGCCCACAACGUGCAUUGCCCAACAUCUUUGGUGUAUUACACUCAUACGCCAUUACUGAAACAACCAUCACGUCAAACACAUGGACUGAAUGGAUGUUUGAUCAGAGCGGUGGAGUCGAUGCUACUGACCAACUGAACGUGGCAUUUACCAACUGCUCAUUCUCCAACAACUUUUACAACAAUUCCUUCAUACUUGGCACUGAUAACACCAACUUGACACUGACCAAUGUGAACUUUGGUGAUGGUGGUGGACCAACUUCCAACAGCUUCAUCCAAUGCACUGAUGGAGAUGUAACCCUGGACAAUGUCUCUGGAGGAGGCCGGUUCAGUCUCCUCGAUUGUGCCAUCCAUGGAAACAACUAUCAAGUCUGUAAACCAUCGUUGAGUAAAGGUGCAAUCAUUGGAAUAGUGGUUGGAAGUGUGACCGGUGCAGUCGCCAUCAUAAUUAUUAUCGUUGUGGUCGUCAAGAAGGUAAGGUCAAAGAAUGGAUCGUAUCAAACAAUCAAUUAG